UUCCAGUAAAAAAAUUUGUUUUAUAUACAAUACCUGAAAAGUUCUUGGAAUCAUAUUUUUCCUGGAUUAAAGGCAGAAAUGUUUCAGUGUGGCGCAAGUUUUGACGGCCCUUAACAGCCCCAACAAGACCAUUGUCACCAGCUGGACCUGACAAGCAGCUGGACCUGACGACCAACUGGACCUGACGACCAGGUGAACCUGACAAGCAGCUGGACCUGACGACCAUGUGAACCUGACAGGCAGGUGGACCUGAUGAGCAGGUGAACCUGACAAGCAGCUGGACCUGACGAUCAGCUUGACAAGCAACUGGACCUGACGACCAGCUGGACCUGAUGAGCAGCUGGACAUGACGACCAGGUGGACCUGACGAGCAGCUGGACCUGACAACCAGCAGACCUGUCAGCCAGCUGGACCUGACAACCAGUUGGACCUGAUGACCAGGUGGACCUGACGACCAGCUGGACUUCACAAGCAGCUGGACCUGACAUCCAGCAGACCUUUCAACCAGCUGACCUGACGACCAGCUGACCUAUUAACCAGCUGACCUAUUAACCAGCUGACCUGUCAACCAGCUGGCCUAUUAACCAGCUGGCCUGUCAACUAUGUAACGAGAGUUGAAGAUCACAGCAUUUUUUUCAGAUUGAUGAUGGCAGAAGACAGCUGGUUGAACACCUUGAAAUGGGGACUGAGUGGAACAUCGGCCCUGGCUAUGAUGUUUGGAGGUGUGGUACCAUACAUCCCUCAGUACCUAGAGAUCAAGAGGACGGAAAAUCCUGAAGGAUUCUCACUAUAUGUGUGCCUUGUACUUUUAAUUGCCAAUACUCUAAGAAUUUUAUUUUGGUUUGGUCACUGGUUCGAGCUGCCAUUGCUCUUCCAGAGUAUCAUCAUGAACAUUGCUAUGGUAAUGAUCAUAUCACUGUGUGUCUCUAUCCGUAAUAGAGGCCAGCUGGUGCAUGGAAAGGAGCACGUGUUUACUGAUUUUGACUAUGAUUAUUUUUGGGAAUGGACGGAUGUUCAGUCAUACGUGGAGUUUAUGCUGACAUUUUCCACGAUGGGUUGUCUUCUUAUGUAUGUCUUCAUUGACUCUGCUGUCUUCGUGGAGACUGCUGGCUUCAUCUCUGUCCUGACAGAGGCUCUACUUGCUGUUCCACAGUUUUACAAGAAUUUUGUUUCAAAAUCAACUUUUGGAAUGAGCAGACAGAUGGUGCUCAUGUGGUUGAUGGGUGACACAUUCAAGACGGUCUACUUCUGGCUACGCUCAGCACCCCUACAGUUCUUCAUCUGUGGUUGUCUACAGAUUUGUAUCGACAUAGCAGUUCUGGGACAGUGCUUUGUGUAUAGGAAGAAAAACUCACAUUUAAUUAACUGAUCAUAUAUUUUAGAAGACUUAAAUUGCAGAUAAAUUUCAUUAAUGUAAUUUAACUUGAGUAAGGAAAAAGAAGACAAAAUGUUAUUUUAGCUAUCAAAUAUUUUACUUUAUACAAUAAUGCUGUUACACUUGUCUAUAUUGCUUUAUUUUGUAAAUUAAAGCAAUUAUAUUUGUUAUCUUGUUUUACAUAAAUAGUAACAUGGUACUCUAUUUACAAAAGUAAUUUCCUGUCUUUUGUUUAGCUGUAAGACAGAAUGUGAUGGUUAUAUUGUUGCACGUGCAAUAUAUAGUUAUAAGAAUGUUGCAACUCGGUGGAUAUUAGCUCUUGCUGGUAGAGCUCUUUUGACUGACUUUCCUCCUCCUCCCCCCAUUAAAUAUUAAAGAGAAUAUUUCUUGAAAAUUGGGAGCAUAGUGGUUAGUAACUCCUCCUCCUGUAUAAAUUACUAAAUUUAGGUCACCCUAUCUUGGUGGUAUAUGGCUGGUCUGUUGAGAAAAAAAAUCUUGAAAAUUACGAUAAGCCUGACUGAUAAAUAUAUAUCUCCAAGAUAUUGUUACAUGGCAUUUUAGCGACAUUAUUUUAAUUCAUAUUGGUUGUACAGAACAGUUGAACCCCAAAGUUUGUGAGUUUUGCAAUCAAUUCUCAAACAUUGCUUAUGCAGCUGCUUUUUUUUUUUUUUUUUUUUUUUUUUUUUUUUUUUUUUUUUUUUUUUUUUUUUUUUUUUUUUUUUUUUUUUACUGAAAAGCAUAGCUUAAUAUCCUCACCUAUUUGUGCAUUUUUUACAGUGCCUUUUAUAUUUGGCCCCUGUCAUAAAAUAUGCUCGAUGGCUCUCCCAUACCCAUAUCUCUUUUAUUUAUUACAGUUCUUUCAUAUGAGAGCCAAUAUUAACCAGAUUUGAUCAAUAUUUAAAGAGAGAUGAUCUCUGAAACAAUGUAUGUACAGACAGACUCUGACAUUACUCACAAAUUUCAGGAAGGUUAUAUACACACGAAGGUAUGCAUCAAAGUGUAUAUAUAUACACACAGAGUUGUAUCCCUAUUUUAGGUAUUAAAGUACCUUUGAUGGUUGUGAAGAGGUUAUAUACAGUAGUUGAUGGGUUUUAAACCAAAUAAACCAUUGAUUCACAAUUUUUUUGGUUCACCUAUGUUGUAUGUUCACAAAGAUAUACAUACUGUGUACAGUACAUAUAGUAUAGAUAUAUAUUGCAUAUACAUACAGUAUAGAUGUAUAUACAGCUUCUCCUCACUUAGUGACAUACUCGUUUACCAACCACUCGGACUUAUGACCAGCUCUCCAACCAGUAUGCUGAUUUCCCCUAUUCUGCUUAUUACAGUAUAUGGUACACUACUCUAUAAACAUUUAAAAAUAUACUAGAAAUGUCAUAAAUAGUGCAAAGGUGACAUUAAAACAAUGUCACCUUUGACAAAAACUCACUACCAUAUAGUAUGAUCCUCGCUUAACGACCAGCUCACUUACUGACCUACUCUUAAGAAUGGAACCCCAUCAUUAAGUGAGGAGAGGCUGCACAGUAGUCCCCCUGUAUCCACAGGGGAUAUGUUCCAAGACCUACAUUGGAUACCCGAAGCCGUAGAUAGUAGCAAACCCUUUAUAUGUCGUUUUCCUUUACUUACAUACCUAUGAUAAAGUUUAAUUGCUAAAUUACACACAGUAAGUUGAGAAUCAGCCCAUUUUCACUCAUGGGAAGCACUUUACGGUUUCUCUUAGGCUUUGAAGAACUGUCACCAUUACUAGUUUUGCACUUUGGGGCCUUAAUAAGCAAAAUUUAGGGUUAUUUUCAGUUCAUGGUAAACCGUGGAUAACUGUAUCUGUGGAUAUGGGGGGUCUUACUGUACAUUGUACAAUGUACAUACAGUAUAGAUAUACAGUACACUAUUUUAGUCUGAUAUAUUUUUUAAUAUGUUACUGAACAGGAAUUUUGACCUGUAAGGACAGUCUCAAAUUUUUAUCCAUCAAACUGUAGCUGUUUUGGUUGUCUCCCCCUUCCUUCUUUCCCCAGUCCUUACCCAACUACCCACUUCCUAAGGAAACCUGUGAAAUAUCUUUAUGCAAAUUCUAGAUUAAUUUACUGAAGUUUAUAUGUUUUAAUAUUAGCAGAGUUAAGUGCUAGGCUUUGAUGCAAAAAUUUCCAUAUAAAAAACCUGGCAUAUGAAAAAUUGGUAUAUGCAGAAGUGACUGUCUGUAUACUCUCAUAUACAACACAUCUUUACAAAUGUAAAAUGUGUUGUAUAUUGUGUCAUGUAUUGGUUUUAGGAGUUUUUGUGAUAAAAAUUUUGUCUGCAUUGUCAUACAAAAGUAUAGUGGACCCCCGACUUACGAUAUUAAUUCGUUCCAGAAGGCUGUUCGGGUGCUGUUACCGAACAAAUUUGCUCCCAUAAGGAAUAUUGUAAAUUAGAUUAGUCCGUUUCAGACCCCCAAAAAUACACUUACAAAAGCACUUACAAAAAUACACUUGCAUAAUUGUUCUAGUUGGGAGCUGAUCGUAAGUUGGGGGUCCACUGUAUUUGGCUCAUAUAACACAGGGUUUUUUACUUAAGUUUUGGGAAAAAAAUGGCUUUAUACAACAGAAAAUAGUAUGAUUAUAUUUGUGUUUUCCUUAGGAGGAGCGAAGAGGCAGGUUUUAACCCUUAAACUGUCCAAACGUAGAUCUACGUUCACUCGUGUAGUGCUCUGAACGUAGAUCUACUUUUUUUUUAAAUUUUGAAGCAUGUGAUAUGAAACAUAGAUCUAUGUUCAGCGCUAUGCAAGUGAACGUAGAUCUACAUUUGGACAGUUUAAGGGUUAAGAUGAGCCAAAAUUCAAAAUGACCUUUAAAGCAGAAAACUUUAGCAUUUUAAAUCAAGAGCUUUAUUAUUGUAUUGGUUUAAUGGAGGAAGAUGAAGACAUUGUGGAUGAACAUUUAGAGAAGAAAAAGGAGUUUUUGAUGCAAAUUAAAGUUGAAUAAGGUUUAGAUACAAUUUAAAGUUGAAAGAGUUUUAGAUUAGUAAGUUUAUCAGGUAUACACAAAUACAGUUACAUAGAUUAUCAUACAUAGCAGCAUAUGUGUAGAGAACCUAGGAUAACCCAAAAAUUCAGAGUGACUUAUUUCCAUUGGGGCCCUUCCAGAUGAAGGAUGAAGGAGUUGUAGACUCAGUUUAAAUUUGAAGGAGUUUUAAAUUCAAUUUAAUGAUGAAAGAGUUUUAGAUGCAAUUUAGAAAUGAAGGAGUUUUAGAUGCAGUUUAAAAGUGGAGGAGUUUUAGAUGUAAUUGAAAAAAGAAGGAGCUUUAAAUGCAAUUUAAAUAUGAAGGAGUUUUAGAUGCAGUUUAAAUAUGAAGGAGUUUUAGAUGCAGUUUAAAGAUUAAGGAGUUUUAGAUGCAGUUUAAGGAUGAAGGAGUUUUAGAUGCAGUUUAAAGGUGGAGGAGAAGUUUUAGACACAAUUUAAGAAGAAGAAGUCUUAGAUGCACAUUUUAAAAACUGUUAGUGCCUUGUUUAGUAAAUUAAGGAACCAUGCCUUACAUAUUUAUUAAAUGUUGUGUGUGUUGUAUUAGAAUAUAAUUUCUUUUAUAUAUAAAUUUUCCCUUGAUUAACAUUAUUUUUCUUGGUGAAUAAUGCUUCAGGUAAAAUAAUGUAAACUUACAAAUAAUGAACAAAGUAUGUUUUUUAUGUUUAGGUAGAAUGUUCUGUGUUGUAUAUAAGGAGAACAUUGUGCUUUAUGGGGUAAAUGACAUGUAUUCCAAGCAAGCUUAUUAUUGUGACAAUGUUUUUCUUUGUCAAUGUCAAAGAUUUAUUUCCACAUAAUACAUUGUACAGUGAUGGGUGAUAUUUGAUUGUACAUGCAGAGCAUUUUGGGCGAGUUUAAGCCUAACUUAAAGAUUACAAUGGGAAUAAUUAGUAUUUACUUAUAUAUAAGGAGAUUAAAGUAUAGGAACAACAUAUUUAGGCAUUACAAAGAGAACAAACAAGCAGACCAUUAUUUCUUUAAAGCAUAAGAAAUGAUAAAGCUCUACACAAGGCGAAAUGUUACAAUGCUCUGACUUUGAUAUGUCUUAUACACCAUCUUAUUGGCAUCUUGCACUUCCACAUUGUACUAUAUCUUGGUACAUUGUAUAAACACUUUUCAAUCAGAGGAAAUGUAACCCACAUGGAGACAACUAUAGAAAGAAUAGUUAUAAGUACAGUGGACCCCCGCAUAACGAUUACCUCCGAAUGCGACCAAUUAUGUAAGUGUAUUUAUAUAAGUGUGUUUGUACGUGUAUGUUUGGGGGUCUGAAAUGGACUAAUCUACUUCACAAUAUUCCUUAUGGGAACAAAUUCGGUCAGUACUGGCACCUGAACAUACUUCUGGAGUGAAAAAAUAUCGUUAACCGGGGGUCCACUGUAUACUUAAGCCUUUAAUUGAGGUUUCCUUCAGCAGAUCUGAUGGAGAGAACUUCAGAUAGAAGUUAAAAUAUACAAACAAUCUUCCUGUUUUGAUCUUCAUGUGUGUAGAGUUUACUCUUCAGUUAUUCUCUAUAUUACCUGAGGAGUAAGACACAUGUCCAACAGUUGGGUAUCUUUAUUGUUUGAAAUGCUUCACUUAUCCAGUAGGUUUUAUCAAUACAGAGGAGAAUGUACAGGCAUACCUUACUAAUGCACCAGGUUAAGUUCCAGACUGCUGACAUAAAGCUAAUCACAGCCAUUUUUUCACUUGCUAGUGUAUAUAAAAGCCUAAAAACAUGUUUACAUUAUCAUUUAUUAAGUGGACAAUAGCACUAGGCCUAAAAAAAAUGAUGCAAAAGUAAAAAAAAAAAAAUGAAAAUUUCACCAAUGUAAUUAUCCGUGUUGAAAAUCUGGCACAUCCUUAUUCCCUUUGUCCUCCCUGAAGGUGCCAUAUAAUCUGGUAAAGAACAAAAAGGCACAAUACUAUGACUGGAACAAUACACAAAUAACCCGCACAUAGGAGAAAGAAGCUUAUGAUGAUGUUUCAGUCUGACUUGGACCAUUUACAAUGUGAGUUUGUAAAUGGUCCAUGUUGGACCAAAACAUUGUCAUAAGCUUCUAUUUCAUAUAAUCUGGUAUAUGUUGUAAUAAAUGCUAUUCAAAAUGUGGUAAUAGGUAGCCAUAAUGACAAUAUUGCACUUGUCAUUAUCGCUACAAAUAAGCUGCAACAUUAUAUAGUCCUUUUAUCCUAAAUAAAUGACUACACCCUAGCACAGUGCUGUGUAAGUGACACAAGGUUAACACUUUUUUUAUAUACUAACAGUAAUAGCCCACUCAAACAGAUCAUGACAAAAUUUGAGUUGAUUUGAUUUAAAAUUGUACAGGCACUUUUGAUGUGUGAUGGAUCAUUUUUAGAGCACUGGAGGUGUUGGAAUGUAGAGCAUGGUGAAGAGAGAGAUUGUGGUGCAUAGUAACAAGAGGGUAGUUGUGGGCCACUCUUGUGUUGCUUAAUAGUGGAAGAUUGUGGACUAUUCUUGUGUUGCUUAUUAGUGGAAGGCUAUGGGCUAUUCUUGUGUUGCUUAGCAACUGAGAGUAGCGACUUCCCAGGCUUGUGGUAUGGCAGACUACCUUCCCCAUUCCAGUAAUCAGUAAAUAUGCUGCAAGUUCUUACUCUCACAUUUAUUAACCUAAGAUAGCAAUAGAUCAUGCUAGAAAUGUAAUAGCUGCUGCUAACAACACCAUAGAAAUGAAUGAGAAAACAUUGCAUAAGUUAGUAUCACUGCAAAUUAUGAUUUCAGAGUCACAUUCUCAAAGAAAGUGUUGCAUAUUAUACAUUAUAUGUAUGUUUCAGUAUUAUUGUAGUGAAGAUUAGAUUAGGAAAGACACUCCAGUUACUCAUGUUUAAUGCAUCAUUAGACACACAAGAAAAAUUAAAGAAAGAUCAAUACAUAUACGUACUGUAUUUGGUGGUAAGAUAAGAUUUUGUUUGGAUUUAUAACCUCACAGGGUUAGCCACCCAGGAUAACCCAAGAAAGGCAGUGCGUCAUCGAGGACUGUCUGUCUUGAACAUUAAAAUGGUAUAAAAUACCGACAGGUUGUUAAGUAAGACACAUAUGCAACAGUUAGGUAUCUUUAUUUCGAAACGUUUCGCCUACACAGUAGGCUUCUUCAGUCGAGUACAGAAAAGUUGAUAGAAGCAGAAAAUACUGGAAGACGAUGUAAUCAGUCCAUCACCCUUAAAGUUUUGAGGUGGUCAGUCCCUCAGUCUGGAGAAGAGCAUUGUUCCAUAGUAUGAUGAUCCAUAGGGUGAUGGACUGAUUACAUCGUCUUCCAGUAUUUUCUGCUUCUAUCAACUUUUCUGUACUCGACUGAAGAAGCCUACUGUGUAGGCGAAACGUUUCGAAAUAAAGAUACCUAACUGUUGCAUAUGUCUUACUUAACGACUGUCUGUCUUAUUUCCUUUGGGGUCCUCAGACUUGUCCCCCAGGAUGUGACUGACACCAGUCAACUAACACCCAGGUACCUACUUGCUGCUUGGUGAACAGAACAACAGGUGUAAGGAAACGCGCCGAAAUGUUUCUACCCCACCGGGAAUCAAACCUGGGCCCUCCAUGUGUGAGGUGAGAGCUUUGCCAGCCAGGCCAUGGAGUCACUUUAUCCCUAGAAAUGGUCAAAGUUCUACUGAUGCUCAUGUUGGAUACAUGAUAACCCACUCACUAGAGCUUUUAAUUAUUUAACCAAAGCCUUUAGCCUGCUUACCAGUCCACCACAUAAACAAAUAUCAAAUAGAUGAAAGCGAGGUGCUGAAGUAUUAGUUGUGAAGAACAUGAUUUAAUGUUGGUCAGUAUACUUAACAAUAGUCUGCUGGACCUACUGCAGUGCUUCUUUUAGGAAUGGUGAAGUAUAAAUGUAUAUGGACCAAAAUUAAUGCAGUAAUUUAGAUAUACAUCUAUUAAUAUACAUUAGGAUAGACUAUAUCACACUAUACACUAGGAUGUACAAGAUCAAAAUGUACAGUAGACCUAGCUGGAGAAGUACAAUUAAUUUAUUAUAGAAACAAAGGUUUGCACAAAAUUCAUCAACACUGUUUUCAUCAUAGUAGUGAUUUAUGGUUGCAGAGGAAGUUCCUUAUGUUGCUGAUAUAUGAUUAAAUUUUCAUAAGUUUAAUUAAAGUACAAUAGAACACGACAUAUGGGUCAUGUUUGACUUGAAUCAAAUGUGUCCAUUUCUUUUUUUAGCACAUAGGCCAUUUCCCACUGAGGCAGGGUAACCCAAGAAGGAAGAAACACUCAUCAUCACUCACUCCAUCACUGUCUUGCCAGAGGUGUGCCAUACUACAGUUAAACAACCGCAAUAUAUCCCCAUCCAUCCUUCAGAGUGUAGACACUGUACUUUCCUCCUUCAUGACUCAAGUAAAACAUAAACAAGUUAUGACACUCAUUGAAAUUUAUUUUGUUAUCUCAUGAUGACAUAACUAUGACAAGAAAAUCAAAUUGUGUGUUAGGAGUCAGUGAAUACCACUCUAGAAAACUUACCCCAUUACAGAGGUGCUAAGAGGCAGGCGAAGACCUCUUGAAACUACACUCCCAUUCCUUAUAUUAAACCAGAUUUACCUCCAAUUUCCUAAGUGUUAUAUAAUGUACUUACAACUUUAAUAGUCCUCAAAUAAUAGUAAUAAUAAUAAUAUAGUAAUACAGUAAUAAUGAUAGUAGAAGAGGAAGGAGGACAGGUGCUGUAAGGUCAUCAUCAUUAUCAUAAUUUGUCACCUCAAGAAAUGUCUUAAUACAAUACAAUACAAUUUUUAUUUCUUUAUGUAGUACAAAUAUUGUAGUUUACAUGUAAUAAAUCAUUGCUAGGCACAAAAGAAAGCCACUAA